AUGAAUGAAAUGAACCUGAGUCCUGUAGGGAUGGACCAGCUGACCUCAUCCUCUGUGAGCAAUGCCCUGCCGGUCUCGGGGAGUCACUUGGGGUUGGCGGCGUCCCCCACUCACAAUGCCAUACCAGCACCAGGCUUGCCUGUUGCAAUUCCAAACUUGGGCCCCUCCUUGAGUUCCUUGCCCUCUGCUCUAUCUCUGAUGCUCCCAAUGGGUAUUGGGGAUCGAGGAGUGAUGUGUGGUAUACCAGAGAGAAACUACACCCUACCUCCGCCACCAUACCCUCACCUGGAGAGCAGCUAUUUCAGACACAUUCUACCUGGUAUCUUAUCGUACUUGGCGGACAGACCACCACCUCAGUACAUCCAUCCCAACACUAUAAAUGUUGACAGCAAUCCAGCAUUGUCAGUCUCCAACAAUCCAUCGGCCCUAGAUCCCUACCAGCCCAGUGGAACCGUGGGGCUGGAACCAGGGAUUGUCUCCAUGGACUCCCGCACAGUGAACACUCAUGGUCCUCAAAAUCUGCAUCCUAGUGACAGCCAUGAGGUAGCACUGGAUACUACAAUCACCAUGGAGAGCGUUUCGAGGGUAACCAGCCCUAUCUCCACAGAUGGGAUGACAGAGGAGCUCACGAUGGAUGAUGUAGCCGGGGAUCAUUCACAGAUCCCAAAUGGCUCCCGGAGCCAUGAACCUUUAUCCGUAGACACAGUGGGGAGUAACUUGACAUCGGACGCUGUGGGACACGGCGGUGUCAUUCCCAUUCACGGUAGCACUUUGGAACUCCCUGUCGUCAUGGAGCCCGACCACAUUGCCGGGCGAGUGACAGGGAUAUCGGACAGCACACUAAAUGACUCCAUUCAUACUGUGGCCAUGAGCACCAACUCCGUGAGUGUGGCGCUCUCUACCUCACACAACCUCGCUUCCCUGGACUCAGUAGCCUUGCAUGAAGUGGGCCUCAGCCUCGAGCCAGUGGCGGUGUCUUCCAUCAAUCAGGAAGUAGCCAUGGGGCCAAGUCAUGUGGAUGUGUCUGCAGACAAUCUUGCCUUUGUACCACCCUCUCUGCAAAUGGAAGACUCCAAUUCCAACAAGGAGAAUAUGGCAACCUUGUUUACCAUAUGGUGCACACUGUGUGACAAGGCGUAUCCGUCGGACUGCCCAGACCACGGGCCCGUCACCUUUGUCCCUGACACCCCGAUAGAGAGCCGAGCCCGGCUUUCUCUCCCUAAGCAGCUCGUCCUCCGGCAGUCUAUCAUGGGAGCUGAGGCGGGUGUGUGGACACGAGAAACCAUUCCUGUGCGGACUUGUUUUGGACCUUUGAUCGGACAGCAGAGCCAUUCUCUGGAGGUGGCCGACUGGACAGACAAAGCAGCCAGUCACAUCUGGAAGAUCUAUCACAAUGGUGUCCUGGAGUUCUGCCUCAUUACAACUGAUGAAAAUGAAUGUAACUGGAUGAUGUUCGUACGCAAAGCCAGGAACCGGGAAGAGCAGAAUCUGGUAGCUUAUCCUCACGAUGGAAAAAUUUACUUCUGCACCUCUCGGGACAUCCCACCUGAACAUGAGCUUCUCUUUUAUUACAGUCGGGACUAUGCACGACAGCUUGGUGUCCCUGAACAUCCAGACGUGCACAUCUGCCACUGUGGAAAGGAAUGCGCUUCCUAUGUGGACUUCAAGGCCCAUUUGAGCAGCCAUAUUCACAACCACCUCCCCAGUCAGGGGCACAGCAGCAACCAUGGGCCAGGCCACGGAAAGGAAAGGAAGUGGAAGUGCUCCAUGUGCCCCCAGGCUUUCAUCUCCCCUUCCAAGCUCCAUGUCCACUUCAUGGGGCACAUGGGCAUGAAGCCGCACAAGUGCGAUUUCUGUAGCAAAGCUUUCAGUGAUCCCAGCAACUUACGGACACACCUCAAGAUACACACAGGUCAGAAGAACUACCGCUGUACCCUUUGUGACAAGUCGUUCACCCAGAAGGCCCACCUGGAAUCGCACAUGGUCAUCCACACCGGGGAGAAGAACCUCAAGUGCGAUUACUGCGAGAAGCUGUUCAUGCGGAGGCAGGACCUCAAGCAGCACGUACUCACUCACACGCAAGAACGGCAGAUCAAGUGCCCCAAGUGUGACAAGCUGUUUCUGAGGACAAAUCACCUGAAGAAGCAUCUCAAUUCACAUGAAGGAAAGAGGGACUAUGUCUGUGAAAAAUGUUCCAAGGCUUAUUUAACCAAAUAUCACCUCACUCGCCACCUAAAAAUAUGUAAAGGCCCCACAUCCAGCUUGUCAGCCCCAGACGAAGAAGAGGAGGAGGAUUCAGAGGAAGAAUUAAUAGACUCUAUGAGGACUGAAGACUGUAGGAUUAACAAUGGAGUCUAUUCAACAGGUGAUGCCCUCUCUGGACACAAAUGAAGAAGAGAGGGACAUUUUCUUGGAUAAGUAGUGAAGGAAAAAACCCUCUUCCUUGUUUCCCCAAUCAACAAUGUAUGUCAGGUGAGGAGUUUUCCUUCUGUUUUGGUCUCCACACUACCACCACUUAAUAUACUCUGUAGCCAAAACACUGACUGAGACUGGAUCAUGCCUGCACAAAUGAAGAGUUGCUAAGAAGGAAAUGUGAGGCAAGGAGAUUUUUUCACACAUGCUGUGCAUACUUCUUUUCCAAAUCACUCAGAUUAAUCCAUCCAGUGUUGGGACACGUCACACCUUGCAUAGCCCUUUAAGCAAAAAGCCACAACCCAGAAAUGUAGUUGAGUGAUUGCAGUGAACUGUAAGCCAGCUGUCCUUAACUGCCCAAGCCAUGACAUGAAGAGAAACAAACAAAAAAUGUAUUUUGUUUUUUUAAAACUUCUUAACUGGAGGAUGUGAUUUGGCACAAAGCAAAGACUUAAUAAUGCUCAGGUUUCCUUCUUAAAACAAAACACUUCGGUUUAAAAAUAAAAGGAAAGGCCAGUGAAAUCAGCCCUUGCAAACAAUGCCAUUACCCCACUACAGAGAAUCAGUUAUUGCCUCCUCUCCCUCGAGUUCACUAGAACAUGUAAGCAGGUGAAGGGAUAAAGACUGUAUAGACUCAGUAAGGACGAGGCUUACAGAUGAUCAGGCAGUGUUUACAGUAUAUAUUACUCCUUGUGCUGUAAACCUUUUACCACCUAGAAUGAUGGGAGGGUUUGCUGCUAAUAUUAUUUAUGGAAUGAAGAUUAUUACAUUUGGUUGUUUUCUUUUGAAAUAAUUAAAAAUGUGGCUCUUCUCAAAUGUUCUUUUUUUUAAUAUUUACAUAUUCUGAAAAAAAGGUUCCUAUUUCUAUAAAUAUGCUAAGAGAAAUAACAACACUUUUUAAUCAUCUGCCUCUCACAAGCUUUCCUGGGACAUGAAGAGGUAGGAGCACCUCCAUGAAUAGGUGCAGCUGAAGAACUGGUCUUUAAACUCUGUAGAUUUCCUGUGUCACUCCUCUGGCUGUGCUGCAAAAGAAGAGUCAUCUGAGUUCUGUGCUCUUGACAAGGUAAUUGGAGGUUUCCUUGUGAAAGAGGCUCUGCUUCUUGCCCUAAACGGCCCAAGCUCAGCUGUACCUUUCUCUGUCCCCUGUAUUUCCUUGAGAGCUCCCAGGGUUCUUCAAACCUGAAAAUGCUUGCCCUCAGAUCAGUAUGUGACUAAAAAGCUCCAGAGAGACAAGUUGUGAGAUUUUGUUACGUCAAGGGAAAGAUGUGUUGCUUUCAGUAAUGCAAUUUCUUCCUGAAACACAAAGCAACUUCUAGAGCUGCAGUGCCAAUUAUAAUACUAGAGGUAUAAGAGAAGUCACUACCCUCAAAGAGCUUAACACAAAGCAUUUAUUUCAAAUUAAAGCUUUAAAAAACUUUAAGCUUUUCACUGGAGAGCACUUGAACAGAAGUGGUUCUCAGUACUGCUUGGCAGAGACAGGAGGGAGGCAGGAAUUCCAACCCAUCCAGAGUAUUCCUGCAGAGCCAUGGUGAACACCUGUCAUCAGACUAGAAACAGCUGAAGUGGAUUUAGAAGCAGCCACUUACCCUUGAGGGAUAGGAAGGAAAGAUCUAACCCUUUUCCCCAGCCUUUUUCCCAUCUGCAGUUUGUAGUGUUACAAUUUACUUGCUUUACCUCACCAGAGUGAGUUACAGUGCUUAGGGUGGAAAGCAGUGGGGAGCCGUGACAGUGCAGCUGCUUUGACACCAGUGGCUUUAAUACCCAGGGCAUUUUGCAGACACCUUCAGUGUGGGAAGCACUUCACAGGAGGGUAAGAGUAUCAUUUAACUUCUUGGUCUGGGGUAAGGCACUCGGGUGCUCCAUUUUAAAUGCGAGGAAAUUGUUGGAGUCACAAUCCUUGAUUAGGUUCCUGAUGCUGGAAACAAAGAUCUUAAGUUGGUGGCUCAACUGAUACUCAAAACGUUCCUGUGCCUUCAGGUGUUGGGCAGAAACACCUGGGUGGGGUGAUGAACAUGAGUACAUAACACAGAGCUUUCACCAGAGACAGGGACCUGCUGAGAUCCCAGCCCUCGUUUUUUUGUGUCCUGACAGCUUCUCAUCCUUUCCAACUAGCAGCUCCUUCUUUCAGUUCAAAUUCUCUUAAAAUAUAUUACAGUUGGAGCUUGAAGAAAAACUCAAUACCUUGCAGCAUCAGUCAGCUUCAGGUGCUGUGGAACUGGGGAAAAGAAACACCCAAUCUUGAUGGAUGGAGCUGGGAUAUUUCUGGUUUGGUACUGGUGAGCUGAAUGUUAGAAAUACAUUUCAAGAUUCUACUGGGGAUGCCAUUUUAUUACCUGAGAACUACUCUGGAGAUUUAAAAAGAUACAUAGAAGAUAUUUUAAAAUCUGUAUUAGAAAUCUGUAAACCUAGCCUCAAGGAUAAAUUAUCUAUUUACACUUGUCAUUUAA